AUGCAGUCAGUUUAUAUUCUUGGUGCGGGUGGUAUUGGAUGCUUAGUGGCAGCUCCUUUAGUGGGCUCGUUCAAGGUAAACUUCAUAGUGAGAAGUAGUGCAAAAAAAGAAUAUCUGGAGAAACAUGACUAUAGGAUUCAAUUUAAAGAGCUCUUUGAUGGAGGUAGGAUUAAGCAGUAUAAAAUUAAUGGGGCUUAUUAUGCUAAUGAAAUUCCAGACAAGCAUAUUUGCUGCUUAAUUGUCAGCGUCAAAACAUUCAAUACGGUAAGCGCAUUGAAAUCAUUAAUGGACAGGAUAGAUAAAACUACAGAGAUUGUAUUGGUACAAAAUGGUAUGGGAGUAAUCGACCAGCUCUACGAGGAGCUUUGGCCCGAUGAAAAAGUCAGACCUAUAUUUUAUCAGGCAGUAAUCAGCCAUGGGGUGUAUCAGGAUAUUCGAGAGAAAAACACUUACAACUACAUUCACGCGGGAUUUUCUGGUAUGAAGUUAUGCAGACUUACUAAAGAUUUUGCGAGCGCAACAGAGAGCAACAAUAGGCAGAAGGCAACCGAGAUGAUCCGGACGUUGGUGAACAGUCAGUUGAACGUGGAGUACUGUAGUUACCAAAAUUUGCUAGUUUAUCAGGUGCAGAAACUUAUAAUGAACUGCUGUAUGAACAGCAUCACGUCGAUAUUGGAUUGUGUUAACUACGAGUUGGAUAAUUUAGAUUCCCCAGAGCUCUUUAAAGAAAUAGUCGAAGAGUCGAUGAAGAUAUUUGACGCAGCGUUUCCAAUACUGAAAAACUCUGAAUUAUACGAGAGCAUUUUAACGAUCGAUAAUAUCGUUAACUAUACAGUGGAUUGCGGCUUGAAGGUUAACGCUAAGAAUUCUACUAGUAUGAGGCAGGACGUAUUGAAUUUACGAGACAUAGAGAUUGAUUAUAUCAACGGUUACGUAGUGAAACUCGGAAAACGCGUCGGUAUUCCUGCCAAAGUGAAUCAUGCCAUAGUUUUGUUGGUCAAGAUCCGGUUGCAGAUCAAUAGGGCGAGGGUUAAUCGAAAGGAUGAAUAA